GGGAAGGGAUGUGAAACUUGGCCCCUGGCCGGCAUCACCCUGUGGGGUGUCCCACAGAGGUCCCUGGGUGGACAGCAGGAACAUCCAGUUGAAUUGACCACCCAAGGCAGUGGCAUCAUGGAAGCCCCAUGGGGCUGGCUGGUGGUUGGUGUGCUGGCCAUGUCCCUGACCUCCACGCUGACCCAGGACGUUUGCCGAGCACCGAAUGGGCAGAACGGGGCUGCAGGGAGACCUGGUCGACCUGGGCGGCCGGGCCUCAAGGGGGAGCGAGGGGAGCCAGGGGCCCCUGGCAUCCGGACAGGCAUCCGAGGUCUUAAAGGAGACGAGGGGGACCCUGGGUUGCCUGGAAGCCCUGGCAAAAUGGGCUACCCAGGACCCAGCGGUCCCAUGGGUGCCCCCGGCAUCCCAGGAAACAAGGGCAUCAAGGGCAACCCGGGAAACAUCAAUGCCCAGCCGAGGCCAGCCUUCUCAGCCAUAAGGCGGAACCCGCCGAUGGGUGGCAACGUGGUCAUCUUCGACACGGUCAUCACCAACGAGGAAGGCCGCUACCAGAGCCACUCGGGCCGGUUCGUCUGUGCUGUGCCAGGCUACUACUACUUCACCUUCCAGGUGGUGUCCAAGUGGGACAUCUGCCUGUCCAUCAUGUCCUCCAGGAGGGGCCAGACCCUGCGCUCCUUAGGCUUCUGCGACACCAACAGCAAGGGCAUGUUCCAGGUGGUGUCUGGGGGCACCGUGCUCCAGCUGCAGAAUGGAGACCAGGUCUGGAUCGAAAAAGACCCCGUGAAGGGCCGCAUUUACCAGGGCUCCGAGGCGGACAGCGUCUUCAGUGGCUUCCUCAUCUUCCCAUCCACCUGAACCAGGGCAGGACCCCUCCUCCCCCCAGGCCUCGUCUUCCUCCUGCUGUGUGACCCAGGCCCACUCACUACACCUCUCUGGUUUCUACGCUCUGCUCUGUCAAGCAGGGUGCUGUUGUGUUAGCUGAAGAAAGAUCAUUUCUUGGGACUCGUUCUGGAAUAAAUACCCGUGUCCCGUC